UAAUGACCUUUUCCUGGUACGGCAACGACUCAUGCCCCCUAGUCAAGUCUAACCGAGUCACAUCUCCCCAACUUCUGUUUAACAGGAAGAAGCUGAGAAGCAAAUUGAUGGACGGCUUCUCUGGUGGGAUGGAUGGGCAUGGCUUUAGAGGUGGAAGAACUCCACUUUUAAACAAACAUGCAGAGAAAGGGAAAAAUAAUCAGGAAAAUGGUCAGUUGACAGACCUUGAGCAUGGAGAUGCAGUGCAGCCCGCAAAUGUCGGAUUCCUUAGAGUGUUUUCACUAGCAAAGCCUGAAGCAGGGAGUUUGAUUAUUGGCACAGUUGCUCUUUUGAUUGCAUCGACAUCAAGCAUACUGAUUCCGAAGUUUGGGGGGAAAAUCAUUGAUAUCGUGUCUGGUGAUCUCCAUACACCUGAACAGAAAUCUCGAGCUUUAGAAGCUGUCAAGAGUACCAUAUUAGAUAUAUUUCUAAUAGUCAUUGUUGGGUCAGUUUGCACAGCAGUUCGAGCAUGGCUCUUCUCUUCUGCAAGUGAAAGGGUUGUUGCUAGGUUGAGAAAGAACUUGUUCAGCCACCUCAUUUACCAGGAGAUAGCUUUUUUUGAUGUUACUCGUACUGGAGAGCUCCUAAGUAGGCUUUCUGAAGAUACUCAGAUCAUAAAGAAUGCUGCCACUACCAACCUUUCAGAAGCUUUGAGGAAUCUUUCUACAGCAUUUAUAGGUCUUGGAUUCAUGCUGACAACAUCAUGGAAGUUGACUUUGUUGGCUUUGGCCAUCGUUCCACUCAUAUCUGUUGCAGUGCGUCAAUUUGGCCGCUAUCUUCGUGAACUUUCUCACAAGACUCAAGCUGCUGCUGCCGUAGCUUCCUCAAUUGCUGAGGAAACAUUUGGUGCCAUACGUACGGUGAGAUCCUUUGCUCAGGAAGAUUUUGAGAUGUCACGCUACUCGGAGAAAGUAGACGAGACACUACAGCUUGGACUCAAACAGGCAAAAGCUGUUGGUCUGUUUUUUGGAAGUCUAAAUGCUGCAUCAACACUAUCUGUCAUUGUUGUAGUGAUAUAUGGAGCCACUCUAACAAUCAAAGGCUCUAUGAGUCCCGGGGAUCUUACUUCAUUCAUCCUUUAUAGCUUAACUGUUGGAUCUUCUGUAUCUGGACUAUCUGGAUUGUACACAGUAGCUAUGAAAGCUGCAGGAGCAAGUAGGAGGGUUUUUCAGCUUUUGGAUCGUGUCUCAUCAAUGCCAAAAUCAGGAAGCAAGUGUCCAUUGGGUGAUCAAGAUGCAGAAGUGGAACUGGAUGAUGUCUGGUUCGCCUAUCCAUCCCGUCCUAAGCAUAUGGUCCUCAAGGGAAUAACUCUGAAACUGCAACCCAGUUCAAAGGUUGCACUGGUUGGUCCAAGUGGUGGCGGAAAGGUAUCGCUUCUUGGUCAUGCACCCCAUAACUCAAGCUUGCAGUAUAAUACAACAAUAGCGAACUUGAUUGAAAGGUUUUAUGACCCUGUUCAAGGAAAAAUUUUGUUGAAUGGGGUUCCUCUGGUAGAAAUAGCCCACCAGCAUCUACAUAGAAAGAUUAGCAUAGUCAGCCAGGAACCUGUUCUUUUCAACUGUUCUAUUGAAGAGAAUAUUGCAUAUGGUCUGGAUGGAAAAGCCAGCAGUGCUGAUAUAGAAAAUGCAGCAAAAAUGGCCAAUGCACAUGAAUUUGUAUCUAAUUUUCCUGACAAAUAUCAAACCCAUGUGGGAGAACGUGGAGUACGGCUUUCAGGAGGUCAGAAACAGAGAAUUGCAAUUGCUAGAGCUCUGCUGAUGAACCCAAGAAUUCUACUUUUGGACGAGGCUACCAGUGCUUUGGAUGCCGAAAGUGAAUACCUAGUUCAGGACGCCAUGGAUUCACUAAUGAAGGGAAGGACAGUUCUUGUCAUAGCUCAUAGGCUUUCAACUGUAAAAAGUGCGGACACAGUUGCAGUGGUUUCUGAUGGUCAGAUAGUUGAAAGUGGAACUCACGAUGAGCUGUUAAGUAGGAAUGGCAUUUACACAGCAUUGGUCAAGAGACAACUACAAGGACCCAAGGCCGAGAUCUAGUUUUCGGAUGUCUAACCAACACAAUAUGAUGGCACACUAUUCGUGAAAUUAAUUUACAAAUAUGUAGACAUUAUAACCUUCACACAGUUGAUCAAGGUCGAAAAUGCCAAUACAAUUGCUAGUAUCUUAUGUAAAGAUCUAUCAUUUUAACUUCAUUUGGAUUCUAGCAUAUUCCUGAUUUCUAAAUGAUGUUUAAGUUGUUCUG